AUGGCUUCCGACUUAAAGCAGCUGCUGGGCCAAAAGCCGUCAUCGUCAGCCCUCUCGCAACACAUAUCUGCACUAGCGUCGAGCUCGUCGAGUCCAGUGGACAUCACACCGGAAGUCAAGAGCUACUCAGACGCCGUCUACUUCAAUUACUAUCCCCUUGGCCUCAGCAUCCUCUUCAAGCCGGUCAAUGGCUACAAGCCAAAGACAGGACUCGCGCGGAAAGAUCUGCAAGACGACAAUCUCAUAAUUGACGGCAUCGACAUCUACAAUGUACCAAAGCCGAAGGAUAACGCCGCACGAGCCACCAAAUCUCCGUACACGACCUACCCGAUCUCGCCAAUCGUCCUCAGUCUCGUCUCUCUUCCCCCAGACAAGGACGGAAAGGCACGCGCGGAGUCAAUCAACAUCACCCCAGAGACGACGGGCAAAGUGUUUGUGCUGGUGAUGGGCGAGCCAGACCGCAAAGGUGGCGGUGCGGGUCCGUCGUCGGGGUCUAUCGGGAUCUGGUGUGAGUGGGUGAAGGACGGCGUCAUGGUUGAGUUUGGCGGGGAGGAGAGCAGGGGCCCGCAGGCAUGGGAGCGCGGUAAGGACGCCGUGUGGAAGGUGAUCAGUAUCUUCCCUCCGAAGCAGGAUUGA